AUGGCGGGGCAAAGAGGUGGUGCAGGUGGGAAAAGGUGGCGAAAACCACUGGAUGGUCUGUACAAAAUCAACACAGAUGCUGCAGUUUUCGUGGAAGGGAGCAUUGGUUUGGGUGGUGUUGUGAGGGAUGCGCAUGGAGAGGUGAUGGUGGCUUGCUGUGGGAAGAUGGCAGGGCGGUUCGAAGUGGAUGUGGCAGAGGCUCUGGCGAUACGAUUUGUGUUGUUAAUAUCAUGGGAAGCAGGCUACAUAGAGGUUAUGGUGGAAAGUGAUUGCCUCAAAUUGAUCUCGCAUUUGAAGAAAAAGACAGUGCAAACUUCGAGCUUUGGAGUUAUAGUUCAUGACAAUUUGACAUUAGCUGAGUCUUUUAGUAGAAUGUGUUUUAGUCAUACGUGUCGUAGUGGUAACAAGGUUGCUCAUACUCUUGCUCAAUUGAGUCGAUCUUUUAGUGAGACUAGAAUAUGGAUGAUGGAAGCCCCUUCCGAAAUCCAAUCCUUUGUAUUGACCGAUUUAGAGUUGGCUGAAUAA